AUGAAUACCAUCUUAAGAACAAAUGACUCUAAGUCAAAUGAUGAAGUGCCAGCGGACGAACAGGACGUGAAAGAAGUAAUCUCUCAGUCCCCGCCGAUUAUGUCUGCGGGAACCGCUAAGCUUAAGUGCCAGCAAGAACCAAGUAGUUGCGUGUCCUGUUCCUGGACAUGUCGCAUCGCGUCCAUACUCGAGAACCGAUACUCUCUCCAAGACCCAUCCCAGGCUUUCUAUGCUACUAAAAACCGUCCGGACCGUAAUAAGCCUCCAGAUGUCGCCAUGGGCCGGGAAUUUGUGCAGCAACUAGGUCUAGCAAACACCCGAGACUUGGUAACGCUGACCCGCUGGAACACGCGGUAUAAAAUCCACUUCAUGAGAAUCAGCAGUGAGAUGUUCCCUUUCGCAAGCCAUUCUGAGUAUGGUUAUAUGUAUAAACUUUCUCCACUUGCUUCAGAGGCACUAGCUGAGGUGGGAUGUGUUGCUGUGGAACGCAAUCAUCAUCUCACUGUUUAUCCUGGCCAGGGAGGUUAUCGAGAGCUCUAUCAAGGAUCUGGGGUACCAUGCGGAGAUGCUCAGUCUCUUGAAAUUACCUCCCCAAAUGGAUCGCGAUGCAGUAAUGAUCUUACACAUGGGUGGCACGUUUGGGGACAAGAAGAUCGCCCUUACUCGGAACUAAAUAUACCCAUCAUGUCGGACUCUCAUCAUUAUAAUAUCCUUUUUAAUCCAGAUAAGGUUCGGGAAGGUACCCUUAUUAUAAUGUUCCUCUACGAUCGAAUAAGAUCAACAUGGACGAGAAAAGGGACAUACAUAGAAUGCAUUAUUCCGAACCCAAUCACCAAAGUACAGCGAUGGAAGCAUAAUCCUAGAGUAUCCACAUUACCACCCUGUGACUCAAAUAGUGAAGAAGCAUCCAAGUUAGACUCAGGUGAAAUUAACAUGGUUCAAGGGAGAACAAGACAGGAAAAAGUAGAGUCGACCCUAGAAGAAGAUGGUGAUCUAGCUUUCCCCGAUGACAUUUCGCAGGUUGUUCAGCGUCAGUACGACAAAGAUCAACAACAAUUAACGAACAAAGUAAAGUUCGGAAAUCUCAGGGUACUCAACAAGUUACCGGCAGAAAGACGAAGAGUAAGAAGAAUGCUUGAGCGACAAGUGGUAUUUUUUACAUGGUAUAUAUACCCAUAUCUUUCCAAGCUAUAUGCCGGUUCUCCUACUAGCUUCUUCAUCCAAGGGGGCGUACUUUGGGCAGUAAAAAGUGCACUCGAUAGCUACGUCUACCCGCCUCAUACGCCUUGA